AAUUCGGCCAGUAUGGAUGACGACCUCGUAUCAACUCCGGAGGGUGAUUUCAGCGUCGCCUACAUGUCUGAGGAUCUGGGCCCGUCCCUUAUCAUGUCGACAAGCGCCAUGACAAUCCUCUGCACGGCUUUUCUUGUUCUACACUACACGUCUCGAUACCUGGCGGCAAUGCCAUGUGGAGUAGAAGACGUUCUAUAUCCUUUCGCAUGGCUGUCGACCAUGGCUUUGGCCGCAGUGGAUAUCAUGAUGGUUAAGAAAGCCGGACUUGGUCGUCACGUCGCAUACAACAUGGCUACCGAUGCACAGAACCUAGAAGAACAUUUGAUAGGCGUCUUUUGCAACGAAUUGAUCCAUCCUUUUGCCGUGGCGAUCCCCAAGAUAUGCGUCGUUCUCGUCUACCUGCGUGUAUUCACUGGCAAGGGCGAGCGCAUGGCCGCCAAAAUCCUCAUAGGUGCUAUCAUGACGACAUGUCUCGCGUUUACAAUUGCUCUGAUGUUCCAGUGUCGACCAUUCAAAUUCAACUGGGACAAAACCAUCCCGGACGGGACGUGUUUCGACAUUGUGAUCUUCGGGCAGAGCAGUAGUAUCCCCAAUAUCGUCACCGACCUUGUGCUUUUGAUCUUGCCGAUUCGAACCGUCACGGUGCUCAAAAUCAGUAAGGGGCGAAAGAUUGGUUUGAUGAUUAUUUUCCUCACUGGGGGCGUGGGCAUCGUGGCAUCGGUGAUUCGAACGUACAUCUUUUUCAUGACGGAUCUUUCUACGGAUUGGACUUACACUUCCGUCGCCCUCAUACGCUGGACGCUAUUAGAACCUAGCCUGUACCUCCUCGCUGCGUGUUCGCUCUCGUUCAAGCCGCUGUUUCGCCUCGUAAUUCGGUUCCUGCAAUAUCAUGGCAUACUUAAGACGUCAGCCGAGACGACUGAUGCGUCGUGGAAAUGA